GCCUCUGAACAAGUUCCUGGGAGUGAUGAGCAGGUCGAGGAAGCACUGGGUAUUUUAAAAGAUGACAAAGAGUUUGAAGAAUUUGAGAAAGAAGACUGGCUUCCAAAUGAAGAAGAUCCAGCAGAUUUACACGUAUGGGACUUGAAAUGGGACACGGAUCCCGAUAAGGAUGAUACCUUUGCUGAGUAUUUGCGGACGGAGCUGUCGAAACUUGGAUACGAACCGGCAUCUACGUGA